CCUAUCGUUUCCAGCAGCACCUGCAUUCCUCACGAAGGCCAGAGAACAAGUUUUUCUGGCCGUUUUGAAGAAUAGGCGAAAAUAAUAAAGAGAGAGCUGCAUUCAUGUUUAAUUCAUCAUAAAGGAUCACAGAGUUUAGGGAGGUCUGGAGCAAGUGUCUUCUGACAUAUCGCAGCUCUUUUUCCCAUUUGUUUUUGCGUCUCACAGAAGCAAAAUCAAAAGAAAUACUAUAUUCUUGCGCUUUUCGCAAAGGAGAGAUAAAGCAAAGGCUAUAUAUAUACCCUCGCAACAGAUCUCGAUUUUCCACACCACGUCCUCCUCCGUUUCUCCUAAACCAAAAAAACAGAGGAAAUGGAGCGAGCGACGGUGCUGCCGGAGACAUUCUCCGGCGUCCAUGACGACAUGACGGAGCAAUUCCUGAUAAUUUGGGGCCAGAUCAAGGCGCCGCUGAUCGUGCCGCUGCUCAACAUCGCGGUGGUCCUGUGCUUGGCAAUGUCGGCCAUGCUGUUCAUCGAGAGGGUGUACAUGGCCGUCGUCAUCACUCUCGUCAAAAUCUUCGGCCGGAAACCUGAUAAGAGAUACAAAUGGGAGCCAUUGAAGGACGAUUUGGAGCACGGCAACUCCGCAUACCCCAUGGUUCUCGUCCAAAUCCCAAUGUUCAACGAAAGAGAGGUCUAUCAGCUUUCGAUCGGAGCUGCAUGCGGCCUAUCCUGGCCGUCCGAUCGAAUCAUAGUCCAAGUUCUCGAUGAUUCAACCGACUCCACGACCAAGAAUAUGGUGGAAAUGGAGUGCCAGAGAUGGGCGAGCAAAGGGAUAAACAUCAAAUACGAAAUUCGAGACAACAGAAAUGGAUACAAAGCCGGAGCUCUCAAAGAAGGGCUGAAGCGCUCAUACGUCAAACAGUGCGAUUACGUGGCAAUAUUCGACGCGGAUUUCCAGCCGGAGCCGGAUUUCCUGUGGCGAACCAUCCCUUUCCUCGUCCACAACCCCGAGCUCGCCCUCGUCCAAGCUCGCUGGAAGUUUGUGAAUGCCAAUGAAUGCUUGAUGACGAGAAUGCAAGAAAUGUCGCUAGACUAUCAUUUCACAGUGGAACAAGAAGUAGGCUCAUCCACAUAUGCUUUCUUUGGCUUUAAUGGAACUGCUGGUGUGUGGAGGAUUGCAGCAAUCGAGGAGGCAGGAGGAUGGAAAGAUCGUACCACGGUUGAGGAUAUGGACUUGGCCGUUCGUGCUAGUCUUAAAGGAUGGAAAUUCUUGUAUCUUGGCUCUCUAGAGGUGAAAAACGAGUUGCCUAGCACGUUCAAGGCGUAUAGAUACCAACAACAUCGUUGGUCAUGUGGCCCUGCAAAUCUGUUUAGGAAGAUGUUGUCUGAGAUUGUAAGAAACAAGGUUGAUUAAUAUAUCUCCCUUUCUUUCUCUCUCAAUCCUUCGAGAAUAUGGAUAUGGAUUGGGACAGCUGAUCAAACGAGUACAUCUGUUUAUUUGCAGAAAGUGUCAUUGUGGAAGAAGGUUCAUGUCAUAUACAGCUUCUUCUUCAUAAGGAAGAUAGUAGCCCAUAUAGUCACGUUCGUAUUCUACUGCAUCGUGCUGCCUGCUACCAUGUUGGUGCCCGAAGUUGAGAUCCCAAAAUGGGGCGCAGUUUACAUCCCUGCCAUCAUCACCCUCCUCAACGCAGUUGGAACUCCAAGGUCCCAUUUCUUGCACCUCGAGUUGGUCUAUGUUUCAUUUCACUUGGUUUGUUUGAUGUUAUGAGAGUUUUGAAUGUGUAGGUCACUCCAUUUGCUUGUUUUCUGGAUCCUCUUCGAGAACGUGAUGUCACUGCACCGCGCCAAGGCCACUAUGAUUGGGUUGCUUGAGGCCGGGAGAGUGAACGAGUGGAUUGUCACUGAGAAACUUGGCGACGCCCUUAGGUUGAAAUCAGCACUCAAGGCCUUCAAGAAACCUCGGUUUAGGAUUGGAGAUAGAAUCCAUUUGCUAGAGCUUGCUACUGGUUGCUACCUCUUCUUCUGUGGCUGCUACGACAUUGCAUUCGGGAAAAACCACUUCUUCAUAUACCUCUUUGUCCAGGCAACGGCCUUCUUCGUCAUGGGAUUCGGCUACGUUGGCACCUUCGUCCCAGCUUGAGACCAACGGUUCAUUGCUUGCUUCGAUUAGUGUUUUGCUAAAUUUGGAAACUAAGGGGUUUCCAAGUUCUUGCUUCACUUUCUCUUCUUUUCUCUUUUGCUCUUGUAUACUGCUCUGUCAUUAGAGUUCUUUCUUACAUGUAGAAAGUGAGUGUAUUCUUUUAGGUUCAAGCAUAAGAGUUGGAGCUCAGAGUUGUUGUGGAAUUUUGUUUUUGCUUGUGUAUAUUAUAAACGUUGAUCACAGAAAAAUUGAAAAUAA